CCAUGUCUCGAUCCCAUCGCGCGGGCGCGCUUUUUUCCUCGGUGGCGGGGGCCUUUCCCCCCGCGCCUUUUUCCCUCCUCCACGUCCGCGCGAAAAGCACGCUCCCCGGCCCCCGUCACAUGAGCCCCCGCGCCACGCCGCGACGAGAGGCGAUGGCAGGGCAGGACUCGGCCUAUUUAUUCCCACGGGGGCUGAGGCUUGCCCUCUCCGCACCCGCCACGUAGGAAACAGCUCGCUUGGCUAGCAGGCAGCAGCGCACCUAGCUGCCUGCCUCUACCAGAGGCCAGAGCUAGCGUCAUGGAGGAGAGGCGGAGGCCCCGCGCCCGCGGGAGCGGGAGGCGUCCGUCGCCGCGCGCGGCCGGCACAGCGCUGCGCCGGAAGAAGGUGCGGGAGCUGCGGCGCCUGGUGCCCGGCGGGGAGGAGGCGCCCGCGGGGGCACUGCUCGUCCGCGCGGCCGACUACAUCGUGCGGCUCCGGGCCAGGGUCGAGCUCCUCCGCGCACUCGCGGCCGUCUACGACGACGUCGACGUCGCCGCCGCCGCGCCGUCGCCGCUGGAACUGGCCGUGGCCGACGACGACGGUGCGGACGCCGCUAGCGCCGACGCUGAUGCGUGGGCGGCAUGACCUCAUCAAACCAUUAUACGCCGUAGAUUUGUGCGUGUAUCGUCGUCUCGUCACGCACUGCAGGGUUAAUUCGUGCAUGCAGUUUUUUUUUGGUUAUUUUUUCAAAAAAAAAGGAUGCACGGCAUGCAGCCCCCAGCUCGUCCGAUCGAAGCACGUACCGAUCGACGAACACUGAUACGCGUGUGCGCAGCAGUUAACUCCAAUCCAGUUGGAGAAAUGCACGUGAAAUUCAGAAAUUGCAGGAGAGAUCGAUGUUGUCUACAAUUUUGGAUUCAUUAAUUAUUAUUCCACUCUUCUUUUCUAUCUUAUUGUUUAACUAGCAGGUUAUGUAUGUUCCCAAAAUGCAUGGGUCUAUAUGUCUAUUGAAUUAUUUA